CGUUUAUGAAAAUAUAAUUACGGGAUGUGGCAUAUUCAAACAUUAUGCGUUACGUAUAAUUGUCGACAAAUAUUCCCUAAAUACACAACAUGUUUCCUGCGUUUCAUUCCUUUCACCCCUCCCAAAGGAUUAUUGAUGACCUUUCUUUGUUGUUUCGUCUUCCUUGUGGCUGUAACCUGAUUUACCGAUUUCCGGAUAAAAGUAGUCUCAUAAAUUGUCUAACUUCUUACCCAGUAAUUGUAAAUAUAAAUCAGGAUCCGAUAUUACUGUCGUCACAUGAGUCAGUCCCUGCAUGGAUUGAAGUUAGACACAGUCGAAACAUAUCCUUAUCGUUUUGGUUUGUCAUGACAGUACUUUGGAUGUUAGUUUGUUGUUCAGUCGGUUUUAUUGCAGGGUCGUACUUUGUCCAGUUAAUCUUGUUUUUCUCUGCCGUUAUUUUCAUUUAUAUGCAUUUACGUAAUACCGUUACUGAAGAAUCUCUUCUACUCAUAUCUGGAUAUGGUUUACAAACAUCAAAUCGUUACUUUACUGGUCGACGAUCAUAUUCUUCAUUUAUUCCAGUAGAACGAAUUAAAGGAUUUCAUUUAAUAGACUCCGUCAGUCCAUUUACUAUUUGUACUUAUUUAAGUUGUGAAUUUGCCAAGGUCACUCCUACCACUACUACGACUACUACAGCUGAUCCACAGAAAACUGAAUCAUUAUUAUUCAAUAAAGCUACAACGGCAUUAAAGACAGAUUACAGUCUUCUACCAUUAAUGCCCAUUACUAUGGAUAAUAAACAAAUUCGAUUUAAAGGUUGUGAUCGUAUUCCAUUGCCUUAUCUUGUAUGGAUGUUACGUUUAGCGAAUACAGUUUUAUUUCAUUAAAUUUCUAUGUCGUUAAUAUCAUUCUUUUUUCAAUUUUGUUUUGGAAAAAACUGUAUUUCUUUUAGUUACUGUUUAUUUUUCAAUCGCUUUUUAAAUAACCCUUAGUUGUUUUACGGAUUAAGCUUAUGUUUUAUAGUACAUUUUCUCGUCAUGAAUUCAACUUGCGAAAUAAAACGUAACUGAUCGAGAAACUGAAUUAACAAUAGCAUUCUUCUAAUCCUUUUGAAGUUGAACAUGGGUAAGGUACUUCUUGAUUGUGUAUGAGAAGUUUAUUACCGUCUUCAAGAUGCUCUACAAAAU